CUCGCGCGCUGUCGCUUCUUCUCCCGCUGAAUGUGUUUAUCGUGGAAGGAGAAUAGAGGAGAGGAAAAUGGCUGACGGUGUUGACCACAUCGACAUUUACGCUGAUGUAGAAGAAGAGUUCAACCAGGAAACAGAUUACCCAGUUCAUGAACAGAUAGAUUUGUAUGAUGAUGUCAUUUCGCCAUCUGCCAAUAAUGGGGAUGCACCUGAAGACCGAGACUAUCUGGACAGUCUACCCGCACCUGGGGGCUCAGAGGGGAACAAAGGGGCUCCACCCAAUGUUGUCUAUACCUACACAGGCAAACGGAUUGCUCUGUACAUAGGCAACCUCACUUGGUGGACCACAGAUGAGGAUCUGACAGAGGCCAUUCGCUCCAUAGGCAUUAAUGAUGUCCUGGAGAUCAAGUUUUUUGAGAAUAGGGCCAAUGGCCAGUCUAAAGGGUUUGCUCUGGUGUGUGUUGGCUCAGAUGCCUCCUCCAGAAAGCUGCUGGACCUGCUAUCUAAGCGGGAGCUUCAUGGCCAGAACCCCAUCGUCACCCCCUGCAACAAACAGUCACUGAGCCAGUUUGAGCUGCAGUCGCGAAAAAGCACACAGUCAGGGCAGAUGUCAGGGGAGGGUAAGGCUGGGCCCCCAGGCGUGGGCCCUCGUGGUGGUUUCCCCCUGGGCAGGGGUCGAGGGCGCUUUCCAGGCCCUGCUGGCCCUGGAGGUGACCGCUUCCCUGGGCCUGUUGGACCUGGAGCACCUCCACCACACUUUCCAGGUGGUAUGCAGGGACCUCCUCGCCCUCCCCCUGGCCCCCCUGGGCCUCCUGGCCCUCCUGGCCCCCCCCCCCCAGGGCAGGCUCUGCCCCCACCCCUUACUGGCCCACCCAAUAGAGGUGACCGGCCACCUCCCCCUGUAAUUUUUCCUGGCCAGUUUGGUCAACCUCCAAUGGGUCCUAUGCCUCCUGGCCCUCCCCCACCAGGCUAUGGUCCACCUCCUGGACCACCUCCCCCACAACAAGGUCCUCCCCCUCCAGGUCCAUUUCCACCCCGCCCCCCUGGUCCUAUAGGUCCACCUUUGGCUCUAGCUCCACCCCCUCACAUGCAGGGUCCCCCUCCUGGUGGUCCACCUCCAGCCCCCCAUGUGAACCCUGCCUUCUUCCCUCCUCCGGGAAACAACAAUAUGCCCUCAUCAGAUAGCAGAGGUCCACCACCAAACGAUCCAUACGGACGCCCACCUCCGUAUGACAGAGGAGAUUAUGGCCCUGGCAGUCACCUCAGAGCCCCUGUAGUGUGUGGGUUUGAUCCCUGGAUUAAUGAGGGGUUGGUUGAUCUGAAAAACGGUGGCCUGCACUUGCACAGUUCAAGUGAUCAAGGGGAGAUGGAUGCUGCUCGGACCCCUCUGAGUGAGGCGGAGUUUGAGGAAAUUAUGAACCGGAACAGAGCUAUUUCCAGCAGUGCUAUAUCCAGGGCUGUAUCAGAUGCCAGUGCAGCGGACUAUGGCAGUGCCAUUGAGACCCUGGUGACUGCCAUUUCCUUAAUCAAGCAGUCAAAAGUCUCAGCUGAUGACCGCUGCAAAGUGCUUAUCAGCUCACUGCAGGACUGCCUGCAUGGCAUUGAAUCAAAGUCCUAUGGCUCAGCCUCCAGUAGACGAGAAAGGUCUAGGGAGAGAGACCACAGUCGUUCUCGUGAGAAGAGCCGCCGGCACAAGUCGCGCAGCCGUGACCGUCACGAGGACUACUACCGGGAGCGCAGCCGCGAGAGAGACCGCCAUCGCGAGAGAGACCGUGAUCGUGAGAGAGACCGUGACCGAGAGAGGGAAUAUCGUCACCGUUAGGAGAAAGCUGAACGGAAGAGGAGGAGGAGGAGGAGGAGCAUCACCUGCAGCUUACACUCGUCCCUCAGCACACUUCAUCCCUCUUUCAGAGAGGCAAUGACUCGGCUGAUGCUUCGCCAUGCUCCAGUACAGAGCUGUAAAUUAUAUACUCACUCUUAAUUCCCACCAGCUUUUUUUUUUUAUUUCUUACAUUUUAUUUGACAAAAUACCUGUGUAACUGAAAAUGUAAGUUUGACUUUUUUCGACAGAAGAGAAUAUCUUGCUUGCUCUGUCCUCAACUGAAAAACAAACCUUUUGAAUGCUAAUAAUGUGUAAAUUGUCAGCUAGAUGUGUUUUUAUAGGGAACUUUUGGUUUCAUCCCUCUCCCCCCUUUCCUUUAUCUACAUAAUGUUUGUCUCUGCCUUGAAUUAUUAAAUAGACUGUGUUGUAAUAAAGUGUUUACUGGGGUUGCUA